UUAGAAAUCCCUUAUCACCACAGCCUGGGGCCCCUCAGAACCAGAUUGCCCUUACCAGGACUCACUCAGUCCUCUGUCCCCAGGGGUGUCUCUUCAGUCCGGAGCUCUUCAAAAGCACAGCUGCUCUGUUUUCUAGAUGCCUUCUUGAGCCUGCUUGUGGCCACCCACAGAUACUUGUAAGGAGGGAAGAAGUCAGCUUGCCAGAGACACUGUGAAAUGAGGGAUUAGAGUCCGGGAUCCAAGAAACAAGAGCAGCAGCCAAAAGACGAGAGAACGGGCUCCGAAGAGACUUAUAUUGAGAGGACUGCCAUGGCCUCCCUUGGCGUCCAACUGGUGGGCUACAUCCUAGGCCUUUUGGGGCUUUUAGGCACAUCGAUUGCCAUGCUGCUUCCCAACUGGCGAACGAGUUCUUACGUUGGUGCCAGCAUUGUGACAGCGGUUGGCUUUUCCAAGGGCCUCUGGAUGGAGUGUGCUACGCAUAGCACAGGCAUCACCCAGUGUGAUAUCUACAGUACACUCCUAGGACUUCCUGCUGACAUCCAGGCUGCCCAGGCCAUGAUGGUGACAUCCAGCGCCAUGUCCUCACUGGCCUGCAUUAUCUCUGUGGUGGGCAUGAGAUGCACAGUCUUCUGCCAGGAAUCUCGAGCUAAGGACAGAGUGGCUGUAGUGGGUGGAGUUUUCUUCAUCCUUGGCGGCAUCCUGGGUUUUAUUCCAGUUGCCUGGAAUCUUCAUGGCAUCCUUCGGGACUUCUAUUCACCACUGGUUCCUGACAGCAUGAAAUUUGAGAUCGGAGAGGCUCUUUACUUGGGCAUUAUUUCAGCCCUGUUCUCCCUGGUAGCUGGAGUUAUCCUCUGCUUUUCCUGCUCACCUCAAAGAAAUCGUACCAACUACUAUGAUGGCUACCAGGCCCAGCCUCUUGCCACUAGGAGCUCUCCAAGGCCCGGCCAACAGCCCAAAGCCAAGAGUGAGUUCAACUCCUACAGCCUGACUGGGUAUGUGUGAAGAACCAGGGGCCAGAGCUGGGGGUGGGGUGGGGUGGUGACUGGGACUGUAAAAAAAAGUAGUGGACAAUGCCCUGAGGGUCACGGGCAAGGGACAUUGCCACUGAAGCAUGUGUAAGGUGCUGCUGAGGAUAGACUGACUGUGGCCAUUGGAUGGAGUGAAGGCAGAGAUGGGGACUGGUGUGACAGCAUGUAGGUUGAAUUGCCAAGGACACUCACCUAGCCAGCUUUUCUAUUUCCCUUACCUUGCCUCACCACGGCACCUCCUGGACCUUGAAUACUCAACCUAAAACUCCAAAUCCCAUCCCUGCCACUUUUGGCUAAACCCAGAGACGCUCUUCUGACCUUUGGUUUACCUGGAAAUCCGUGCCCCGACCCACUAAUCAUAUCCCACUGAUCAUCUGUGACCAGAAGACCUUCUCCCUCUGGGUGAGGUUGGCUCUUAACUCAGUUGCUGGGGGACAGAGAGAAAGAAGGAAUGGUGGCUUCUGUGAGCAUGGCUCUAGCUCCCUUCUUAAGCCUCCAUCCAAAGGAAUUAAUUGAUCACUAGCAGGCCCUGAAGCCUCCCUCCCGCCUUUGCUAUGAAUGCAGCAUGUCCAGACUGGUCUGUGCAUGAAUUGAAGGAACAAUGUCUCAUGGCACCCAGCAGAAAGCAACUGGGUACAGGAUGGGAGGCAACCUGGGACCCCCAGACCAUCAGCAUCAGACUCAGGGCACUUCCUCUGGUUCCCAUAUUCUUGUGGAAGCAUAGUUGCAGGAAAGAACAAGGCUGCAGCACUUUGACUCCACUGAGGAAUUGCCAAGAAGCUGCAGUUAACAACUACCACUGAAGCCUCUGCCUUCUCUGGGGUAUCUGACCUAGCCUUCUGGCUAAACCACAAGAGUUGGAGGCCUAGACAAAGGUUUCCUUGGGGACAACAAACCAGUUUUUCUAGAACUGCCCUUCAACAUGCCAACUGUAGAGAACUAAGAAAGAUAACUACUGCUUAACCCUGGCCAAGAAAGAGUAAGAACUUCCGGAUCUAAAAAGCUGGGUGGACAUGUAUGAUGGCUGUAGUGUGUGCUCCUACUGUUUCAGAGGCAACCCUACCACCAACUUCAGACUUAAUGGAAAAACAACCCAUUGGUCUAUGCUUGGAACACUACAGAGCCUCUGGAAGACCAUAGCACCAGAUAGGCCGUUGGUCACUUUUAAUACUCGUGCCAUUGUCUACCAAAAGAUAUUCUGGCAGGGUUGCAAGUUCUCCAGUGUGGAACAUCUAUGACCUGAGUGAUAGGUGAACUGCUGCCUGGGAUUGUGCUUGAGUUGGGAGAACAGAGAACAGUUCUCAAACAGUUUCACUUUCAAGGUCUUAAACUGCUCCAGUUUGUCUGUGACAGGUGGGGAUCAGACACAAGAGACACAUCUUUUCCCCACCAGCCUAAUAUCACCAGCUUCAGAAGAUACCCAGCACACCUCGUCAAAACCUCAGCACCAGCAAGGAAGGCUCAUGCGUGAGGUUUCCUCUAACAUGCCUUUCCUUUCCCCACCAUGCUACCUAUGUUCAAGCGGCUUUACCAGCUUGGAAGCCAUUUCCUCUUAGCAAGUCAUCACCAUGCUUGGAGAACUUGCUCGGCAUCACCACCUUCAUUGAGACUUCUCUGACCACUCCUUCCUGCUCUUACCUCUCCCUCCUCCAACUCCCAAUAUAAAAAUCGCUUAAUGCUUAUUAGCCGUAAUUUUGAUUGAUAGCUUGAUAGUUCUCGUGUGUGUGUGUGUGUGUGUGUGUGUGUGAUCUCAAAAGUUCACUGUAAGUAUUUAGAGGGCAGUUAUCAUAUCUUAAACCUGCCUGUAUGUAUACCCAAGACUGUAACAGUGCUAGGCAACCACAAGAUGAUCAAUAAACGCUUGUUGAUUCAGCAA